AUGAAGGCCAUGAAGGGGCUCAGCAUGAACAAGAUGCUGGGAAGCAUCAAGCGGAAAGCCGGCGGCAGUGCCUCGUCUUCUCCUAACCCAGAUAACCCCGAAGUCACCGCCCACAACAGCGUGAAAGCGUUUUGCGAGUCUGGCGGCAAUGCCCAAAGCGACGAGGUCCUCUUCCUCCCCCCCAUUGUCGACGCAGCCGAGUCGUCGCCCGCGGCCGCGGCCGAGUGCGCGCGCGUCAUCCGCAAGUACCUCGGCAAGGACUACUUCUCGCGGCCCUCGUGGCAGUACAACGCCCUCAUGCUGGUGCGCAUAUUGACCGACAACCCUGGCGAGACGUUUACAAGGAAUCUCGACGACAAGUUUGCCGACACGGCCAAGUCCUUACUCAAGAACGCAAAGGACCUCGGUGUGCGGCAGCUCAUGAUGGAAACGCUCGACGACUUUGAGCACACCAAAGUGGACGACCCCAACCUCGGCGUGAUGGUGCAGAUGUGGAAGAAGGAAAAAGAAAAGGCGCUCAAGGACCAAGGAGGCCGCAUGCCCCCGUUAGGACCGCGGCCAUCCUUUGGGAGCCCUGCUUUUCAGUCCAACAGCAGCUCGCAAAAUUAUUUUGCCAAGUCCCACUCCAACAAUCAGCUGCCCAACGCCGUCGAGCUGGCCAGCCGGCUCGAGGAGGCGCGGACCUCGGCCAAGCUGCUGGAGCAGGUCGUCAUGAACACGCCGCCGGCCGAGAUGAUGCACAAUGACCUGAUCCGGGAGUUUGCCAACCGCUGCCUGAGCGCGUCGCGCAGUAUACAGGGCUACAUGACGUCGGAGAACCCGGCGCCCGACAAUGACACCAUGGAGAGCCUCAUCGACACCAACGAGCAACUGCAGACGGCGCUCAACCAGCAUCAACGCGCCGUCCUCAGCGCGCGGAAACAGCUGGGCCCCUCGGCCAGCCCGAGCGAGGAGGACGCGCCGCCGGUGCCUCGCGGAUCGGACCGGGCGCGGGACCAGCAAACGGUAGUGCCCAUGGCAUCGGGAGCCGCCGGCGGCGGCUUCUUUGCCUCGGGCGGAAACGGCAAAGGCAAGCAAGCAGAGGUCUACAACCCGCCGGACGGGGCGCCGCCAAAACCACCUCGGCCUGGUCAGGGGCGAGCACGCGAUGGCGACACGGCGGCGAAUCCGUUUGAGGAUCCCUUCACGGCCAGACAAGCAGGCGGCUCCAAUGACGUUGGCCAGAACCCGAGCAAAAAGGAGGCGACGAACAGCGCACCUCGUCAUCCGCCUCCUCAGCCUCCCCUGCCCCCUCCCCCUCCGCCGGGGCUCGAAGACGACGACGACCUAUAUGCAGCGACUCCAAAGAGCAAAAGAUCCGUGUCCAAGUUCUAG